AUGAAUAAAUGCAUAUUUAUUCUCCAUGUGUUCUUCUUAAUCUCCAUAACAAUCAAUCAAUACAAAUGCUGUCUUAUUCCCAGACCAGAUCAAAUUCGUUUGGCCACAGCUGGUGAUAUGGCUAUAAAUGUUGACUGGCGUUUACGCGUUUGUCCAUUGGAAUUUAUCAACCUCACUGUUAUCUAUGAUGCAUCAUCAAAACAACUCACAUCAACGUCAGUGCAUGACAAAUCUAGCUCUUAUGGUAGUCCCGUACUCUUGCAUAGUAAACAAUCUGGUGACUAUUUAAAUUCAUGGUCUUCAUUUAAUUAUGCUCUUGUUCAUAUUAUCUCAUUAUCAUGUGAAUCGGGUUUCCCCGGUAAUCCUUCUAAUAAUUUUCUUGAUAAUACAACUCAAGUCAAUCGAACUGUUACUCCAUGGUUAUUGUUCAAUGUCAUCGAUCUUGGAGAGGAUCGUACAAUUAAUACGACCAAUUAUGUAAAUCCACCAGGCCCUGUUUAUUUAACUAAUGGUGCCACUAGAAAUCCGGAAGGAAAUGAAAAUGUCAAAAAAAGUACGAAAAACUCUUGUGUGGUCAUAUCGGAUGCCGACUUCGGUAUUCUCACUGUUUCUGAUGUUUCACAUGCAACAUUCGGCUAUAUACUAUCGAAAAUCAAGUUUGAAAGUACUUGA